CGGGAAUUCCGAAAGGGAAGCAUCCUGCGUCAAUCGCCAUUGGAAGCCUCCACUGAACAACGUGCGCAAACCGCCGGCGCAGAUGAAAAGCCACCAUGGCUGCACCCACCGCUCAGCCUGAUGGCAACUUUUCGCCCAAUACCCAGCUUCAAGGCGCCGAAAACACCCAACACGUCAACCCGGCCGCCGAAUCAAAUACCCUCGACGCCACCGAUUCCGACAACGACAUCAACUUGCAAAAGAAAGGUCAUGAUCGGGAAGCGAUCGAAGAGGCCGAAUCACCCAUCGAAGGCGACUUCAAAAACGAGCUGAGACCGAGCAACCUGGAUCGGACCCAGAGCAACUUCACCACCACCACAGGCACCAGCGUCACAUCCAGUCAACCCGCAAAUCAACUCGAACUCCCGCCUGUCAAACAAACCUGGUCGCAAAAGCUCAACCCGUUGAGGAGGAAGAACCCACCCCCCGUGCCCGACCAGCGCCAAGUCUCUCGGGAAUAUGACGCCGGCUUCUUCAGCCUCGUCACGUUUCAAUGGAUGGCGUCGUUCAUGGACGUCGGCUACCAGCGCCCUCUCGUCGACAAUGACAUCUGGGCGGUCAACCCCAAACGAUCGAUCGAUUCGCAGAAAGAGCGCAUGGGGGAGAAUUACAAGAGACGGAAAGAGGCCAAGCACAAGCGACCCUUGGCCAUGGCGCUCUACGACACAUAUCGCGGCGAGUUCAUCUUCGGAGGUGCUUGCCAGCUGAUUGCUUCUCUGGCACAAAUCUUGACUCCGUUUGUCAUGAAAUAUUUGAUUCAAUUCUCAUCCCAGGCAUACUACGCGAAUCGCGGCCUCGGUGUUGCACCACCGAUUGGAGAUGGAAUCGGUCUGGUGUUUGGAAUCACUCUUAUGCAGAUGCUCAUGUCCUUGACCACGAAUCAUUUCAUUUACCGUGGUAUGAUGGUCGGUGGCCAAGCGCGUUCGACAUUGAUCAGCCUGAUCUUUGAUAAAGCUAUGCGGUUAUCCGGUCGGGCGCGAGCAGGCGGCGCGGCGGAGACUGCUGCUGAGGAGACGCCUCAAUUCGAGCCGGGAAGCAAGGAAGAGAAGAAAUGGCUCAAGAAGAAGCUGGCGGAUGCGCAGAAUGGCAUUUCCGGAGAAGGAGUCGGUUGGAGCAAUGGGCGCAUCGUCAACCUCAUGUCCACCGAUACCUACCGCGUCGACCAAGCUUCGGGUCUUUUCCACAUGAUCUGGACGGCACCCAUUCAAGUCGUCUUGACUUUGAUCCUCCUGCUUAUCAACAUCACCUACAGCGCUCUUUCCGGUUUCGCUUUCAUCGUCAUCAUGAUGCCGCUUCUCGGUCAAGCCAUCAAAAGUCUCAUGUUUCGUCGUCGAUUCAUCAACAAGGUCACCGACCAGCGUGUCACACUCACCCAGGAGAUCAUCUCCUCGGUUCGAUUCGUCAAGUUUUUCGGAUGGGAAACGAGUUUCCUCGAUCGCCUGGCGAGCUUGCGAAAGCAAGAAGUCGACAAGAUUACGAAACUGCUUUCUAUCCGAAAUGCCAUCCUCGCCGUGUCACUAUCUCUGCCCAUUUUCGCAUCCAUGUUGGCAUUCAUCACCUAUUCGCUCUCCGGCAACGGCCUUGCUCCUGCACCCAUCUUUUCGUCCUUGGCGCUAUUCAACUCGCUGCGUAUUCCUCUGAAUUUGCUUCCGAUGGUCAUCGGUCAGAUCGUCGAUGCGAAUGCCUCCAUCAAGAGAAUUCAGGAGUUCUUAGACGCAGAAGAGCUGCCCGUAGAGGCUACGUGGGAGGAGAAGGCGCACGACGCUAUUGAAAUCGAGAACGGAAGUUUCACUUGGGAACGUACCCGCACGCAGGACACCGAUGAUACUCCCAUCAAAGGAGACAAGCCCGGGAAACCUACCAAGCAGGAGAAAAAGGAUGCCAAGCAGGAAAAGAAGCAUGUAAAAAUCAAGCAAAAGGAGGACAAGAGAAUCGCAAAGCAGCGGGAAGCGGAAAAGUUGGAGAGCGAUCCGAGCAGCCCGACCGACGACGACAAUUCCAUGCAGGAGAAAGAGAAACGCCCGUUCGAGAUUUCAGGAAUCAACCUCAGCAUUGGUCGCGACGAGCUUGUGGCGGUCAUUGGCUCUGUUGGCUCAGGGAAGAGCUCCCUGUUGGCUGCUCUCGCGGGUGACAUGCGCAAGACCAGCGGCAAUGUGACCUUUGGCGCCUCGCGAGCCUUUUGUCCACAGUACGCGUGGAUCCAAAACGCCAGCGUCAAGGAGAACAUCACCUUCAGCAAGCCAUACGACCGCCAUUGGUACAACCAAGUCGUCGACGCCUGUGCUCUGCGCCCGGAUCUGGAGAUGCUUCCUGCUGGGGAUCUCACGGAAAUCGGUGAGCGUGGUAUCACUGUUUCCGGAGGUCAGAAGCAGCGAUUGAACAUUGCUCGUGCGAUUUAUUUCAACGCGGAUACCGUGAUCAUGGACGAUCCUCUGUCAGCCGUCGAUGCUCACGUCGGAAAGCACAUUAUGGAUGAAGCCAUCUGUGGUCUCCUCAAGGGCAAGGCGCGUGUUUUGGCCACUCAUCAACUGCACGUAUUGCACCGAGCCGAUCGGAUCGUCUGGAUGAAGGAAGGUCGUAUUGCCAAAAUUGCCACUUUCCCGGAGCUCAUGGAGCACGACGAGGAAUUCCAAAAACUCAUGGAGACCACUGCCGCCGAAGAGGAAGAGGAGGAAGUGGAGGAGGUGCUCGAGGACAAAGGCGAAAAGGAAAAGAAAGCCGCAGUCAAGAAGACCAAAAAGACCAAGAAAUCCGCUGCCGCCCUCAUGCAGCAGGAGGAACGCGCGGUCAACAGUGUCAGCUCCAGCGUCUACAUGGCCUAUGUCAAGGCUUCCGGCUCGAUCGCCGUCCUCCCUUUCAUCCUCCUCUUACUCAUCUCCUCCCAAGGCUCGAACAUUGUCACCAGCCUGUGGCUCUCGUGGUGGACCUCGAACAAAUUCAACCUGAGCGAAGGCGUCUACAUUGGAGUCUAUGCUGCCUUUGGUGUCCUCCAGGCCCUUUUGACCUUUGCCUUCGCCACCACCUUGACAUAUUUCGGAACCAAGGCCAGCCGGGUCAUGCUGCAACGCGCCAUCUACCGCGUCUUGCGUGCGCCCAUGUCUUUCUUCGAUACAACCCCGAUGGGUCGCAUCACCAAUCGAUUCUCCAAGGAUGUCGACACCAUGGACAACGUCCUCACGGAUUCCAUUCGAAUGUUCACCCUGACAUUCGUCACCAUCAUCUCCGUCUUCAUCCUCAUCAUCGCUUACUACUACUACUUCGUCGUCGCUCUCGUUCCGUUGACGUUCAUGUUCUGCUUCUCUGCAGGCUACUACCGGGCAUCGGCCCGUGAGUUGAAACGUCACGAGGCUAAUCUGCGAAGUGUGGUCUUCGCCCGUUUCAGCGAGGCAGUCAAUGGGACUUCCACCAUCCGCGCUUAUGGCGUCGAGAAGCAAUUCGCCCAUCGUUUGUCCGAAUCUCUGGAUUCAAUGGACGGCGCAUAUUUCCUCACCUUUGCUAACCAGCGCUGGCUAUCCGUUCGACUCGAUGCCCUCGGUAACCUUCUGGUGUUCACGUGCGGCAUUCUCGUCGUGACUGCACGUUUCUCCAUCGACCCCUCGACGGGCGGUCUGGUCCUUUCGUACAUCCUGUCCAUCGUCCAAAUGAUUCAAUUCAGUGUGCGACAACUUGCCGAAGUGGAGAACAACAUGAACUCCACCGAGCGUAUCCACUACUACGGCACCCAACUCGAGGAGGAAGCUCCCCUUCAACGGGGUGAGGUCCGCUCCUCAUGGCCGGAGCGCGGAGAGAUCGUCUUCGAAGACGUGCAAAUGCGCUACCGAGCUGGUCUGCCGUUGGUGCUCAAGGGUAUGAGUAUGACCGUCAAAGCCGGCGAGCGCAUCGGAAUCGUCGGGCGCACCGGCGCGGGUAAAUCAACCAUCAUGUCAACGCUGUUCCGCCUAGUCGAGCUCAGCGGCGGUCGCAUCACCAUCGACGGCCUCGACAUUUCCACCCUCGGCCUAGCUGACCUACGAUCCCGCCUCGCCAUCAUCCCGCAGGAUCCCACCCUCUUCCGCGGCACCAUCCGCUCUAACCUCGAUCCUUUCCACGAACACACCGACCUCGAAUUGUGGAACGCUCUCCGCCAAGCAGAUCUCGUCGGGCCGGAGCAAGCCCUCGAGAACCCUUCUCCCUCCAGCCCGAGCCAAGACGGCACCGUCGUCGUCGCCAACAACAACAACAACAACAACAACAACACCUCCCGCAUCCACCUCGACACCCCCGUCGAAGAUGAAGGCCUCAACUUCUCCCUCGGCCAACGCCAACUCCUCGCCCUCGCGCGCGCCCUCGUCCGCAACUCCCAGAUCAUCGUCUGUGACGAAGCGACCUCCUCCGUCGACUUCGAAACCGACCAGAAGAUCCAGCGCACCAUCGUCCGCGGCUUCUCCGGCAAGACCCUGCUGUGCAUCGCGCACCGCCUCCGCACCAUCAUCGGCUACGACCGCAUCCUCGUCAUGGACCAGGGUAACGUCGCCGAACUCGAUUCGCCCUUGCGAUUGUUUGAGAAGGAGGGCGGCAUCUUCAGGGGCAUGUGUGAGCGCAGUGGGAUCCGCCGCGAGGAUUUCCUGGGCGCGGGGAGGGAGGUGAGGGAUGCGAUGCGAUAAAAGGAUGAGGCGGGGAGUGAUGAUUAUGGAAAGAGAAUGAGAAUUUUGUUCUAGAAGGAGGGUUUUAUUUAUCGAUGGCUAUGAUGAUUAUGAUGAUCCGAUUUCGCUUAUUUAAUGACUCUUAUGACCUCCUUCUUCUCCUCCUCCUCCUCAUCCCUCUUCUUUUUUCUCUUUUCUUCUCGUUCUCGCAUGGUGAGCCAACUGGCUACUCUCAGGUUUCAAGUCCCAUCGGU